UUGGGCGGUGGGAUUGAGUCGAGUCACGCGAGCUUGAAAUUGAAUUUCGAGUCAGGGACAGGAAACUUCGCCACAAGCCCUACCGGCGUGACAUUCCAUCGCCUGCAGAACCAAUUGACGGAGUCUGAGCUGAACGGAGCUAGUACGAAGAAGCAUCAUCAGCAGCAAGUAAGUUUUAGUCAGGCGAAGAGUAACCACAUGGAAUCUGCCAGCUCUCGCGGCCAAAACCCGAAACGGAAGCGAGAGGCUUCAUCCCUUCCUCCGUCGCAUCCGCCGCCAGAUUUCUUUGACAAUGGCAACGAUGACCACUACGUCGGCGGUAUCACUGGCACUAGCAACAAUAGCAGCAACGAUGUCGACCUCAGUCUCCUGGAAGCCGUCGAGAAGUCGCAGAGUGCCGUCGAAGCUCUCGACCUCCGUACCUUGAAGAAGCUGGUUCUCUCCUUCGAGCGCCGCUACAAGGAGAACAUCGAGGCCCGCCUCAAGUACCCUGACCAGCCCGACCGCUUUUCCGAUUCUGAGGUCGAACUCCAUUUGGAGCUCGAGAAGCUCCGAGUGCUCGCCGGCGGCCCGGAGCUGUAUCCAGACCUCGUCAAUCUCAACACGAUUCCUUCAAUUUUGGGCCUUCUCACGCACGACAACACCGAUAUAGCCGUCGACGUUGUUCAGUUGCUGCAGGAUCUUACCGAUGAGGACGUUCUGGAGGACAACGACGAGCCAGCCAGGGUUCUUGUGGAUGCGCUUGUGGAGAACAAUGUGUUGGAGCUCUUGGUUCAGAAUCUGCAGAGGUUAUCCGAGACGGAUGCUGAUGAGAUGGCUGCAAUCUACACUACGCUUGCGACGAUUGAAAAUAUGAUCGAGGUGAAGCCGGCUGUGGCGGAAUUGGUAUGCGAGAGGACGAAACUGCUCAGGUGGUUGCUUGGGAAGAUCAAAGUGAGAGAGUUCGAUAGCAACAAGCAGUACGCUUCCGAGAUAUUGGCGAUUUUGUUGCAGAAUAGUACGGCGAACCAGAAGAAGCUGGGGCAGAUGAACGGGGUGGAUAUGGUGUUGCAGGCAGUGGCCAUGUACAAAUCCAAGGAUCCCAAGAGUUCUGAUGAAGAGGAGAUGGUGGAGAAUCUAUUUGAUUGCUUGUGUUGUUUGCUGAUGCCAUUGGAGAAUAAGGAGAGGUUUGUUAAUGCAGAGGGAGUGGAGUUGAUGAUUAUCAUAAUGAAGCAGAAGAAAUCUGCUUACAGUUCAGCCAUCAGGGCGCUUGAUUUUGCAAUGACCAAGUAUCCGCCUGCAUGCGAGCGAUUUGUUGAUGUUUUGGGUCUGAAGACAGCAUUUUCUGCUUUCAUGGGUAAGAUUCCGAUGAGCAAGAAGAAUAAGAAAGAAAGCUACCAAGAGGAGUUAGAAGAGCGAAUUGUGUCCCUGAUGGCAUCAUUAUUUGGUGGAAUUCUGAGAGGCACUAGGAGGGAAAGAUUGCUAAGCAAAUUUGUGGAGAAUGAGUGUGAGAAAAUAGACCGACUUAUGGAGCUGUAUAUUAGAUACUCAGACAGGGUAAAAUCGGAGACUAAAAGGAUGGAGCAGCUUGAAGUGGAUGAUAUAGAGAUGGAUGACGAGGAAAUAUACAACAGAAAACUGGGAUUUGGACUUUAUACCCUUCAGCUGAUUGCAAUAAUUCUAGGUCACCUCUGGUGCUCUGAGCACCAAGGGAUGAGGGCAAGAAUUGAACUACUACUGAAACAGCACAAGCUCAGCAAGAAGGAUGUCAAAGAUGUACUUCAGGAGUAUCACGACAACAUUGGUGACUUGGACGGACCAGAAGAAAAGGAGCGAGCACAAUCAAGGAUACAGAAGUUCAUAUCUGCUCUCUGAACAGGGAGACCAUUUGUUUUUUGUUGUCUGUUCGCGGCUUAGAUGUAUGUGACGGUUCGGAUGUAGUCCUUAAGUCAAUUAUUUAAGAAGGGCUUCUUUAGUUCGUAUCAGGCAAAUUUUAAUGAGCUUUAUUAGCUCAUUUGUACAUGGGCUACUUACCCUUGGAUUGUGAGUACCUGUCUACCUGAUGUUGUUUUAAAGACGUAUAUAACUAUAAUGCUAAACUAACUCGCAACAACAAGA